AUGUCACCCAAAAAGGCCAUCUUGGUGGGCCUCUCGGGCUGCUCGUCCAGCGGCAAGACGACGCUUGCCCGGCUGAUCCGCGAUAUUUUCCCAAACACUUUCAUCCUUCACGAGGAUGACUUUUAUAAAAACGAAUCCGAGCUUCCAAAGAGGGCAGGCCAUGCAGACUGGGACUGCGUGGGGUCUCUGAACAUUGAGCAGAUGGAAAAGUCGCUGAGUUAUAUCAGAGAGAACGGCCAAUUUCCUCCAGAUUUGAAUUCUAUAGAAGACCAAAACGCCGUCGGGAAAUGCCCAGUCUCGGACGCCAAGAUCCAAGAGCUCAAAACCAAAGUGGCAGAGUGGUCAAAGCCUGACGGGCCAGGUCAUGGGCUCCUGGUCCCUGGGGACUUGGGUCUUUGCCUUUUGGAUGGCUUCCUACUGUACACCCCUCCCCUAAAGCACAUCAUGUCCCUCCUGGACCUCAAGUUCUUCCUCCUGGUGUCCCGCGCGACCGCCAUCCGCCGCCGCGAGGCCCGCAUCGGCUACGUGACGGUCGAGGGCUUCUGGGCCGACCCCGAGGGCUACGCCACCGAUGUCGUCUGGCCAAACUACGCCGAGUCCCACGCCUGGCUGUUCAAGGACGGCGACGUCGAGGGCGAGCUGGACAUGGAUGCGGUGCGUGGCAGUGACAUUCUGGUGCAGGCGGACCGCGGCACCGAUGUCGAUAUGGAGGUCACGCUGGAGUGGGUGGUUGAGGAGUUGAUGAAGGAGCUGCCGAGGGUCGCGGCGAGGUGA